AUGACAAAGUUGAUAUUUUUUUAUUUUCAAAUUUUAUUAAAAAUAUAUUAUCCUUUUAAGCAUUUUUCUCUAUAUUUUUGCUCCACUAUCAAUCUUCCACUGAUCUCUGCAUAAUGGAGACCUCAACUAGGGUUUGAUCAAUCAACCAAAAUUCAGCAACGAAUUGGAACAAUAAAGUUUCAAAAUUGAUGAUUGAAAAGAGGUUGAUCAUAUAGCUACAGAUUUGGUGUAUUCUAUUGCUUUGAGCUACUUCAGAUUGGGCUUGGAAGCAACAAAUUGUUCAAAUCAGUUGAAAGAGAGUGAGAAGGGAACGAUUUGAAUCAGGUUUGAGGGUGAGGUUUUUGCCUGAUUCACAUCCCUUGCUUUUGCUGUUGCUAAAUUUGUAUAAAUAUUUUUCUAGUAUAUUUUGGUUACUUGUUUAUUAAUUGUGUUUUGUUUAAUCUGAUUUUGUGUUUGGUUUUUGUGGAUUCUUAAUGGAAUCUGAUCUGUCCUUGUGCAUAGAGAUAUCAAUGACUUGUCUGUUUUUAAUUUUGUGUUUGAUACUUGUAUGAUAACCAUGAUUUUGAUACACUGUCAGUGUGAACAGGUUUACACUGUCAGCAGGUCACAACCAUUCACAUGUGUGACUUUAAAAGUUAAUUUGAUUAAAUUGAAUGUUUUUUAAUGAUCCAAUGAUUACGACUGAUCGACAGUGUAAAGAAUCUUUACACCGACAUAUGUUAAUCUUUUAGACUUUAGUUAUUUGAGUGUGUGACAUGCAACUGAUAUGGCUUGGCGUAUUUGAAAUCAAACUGAAUGAAGAUAUUUGAGGAUGGUUAAAAUUGUACGUGUGAGUUUAGUAAUGAAGAUAUGAUGAUUGAGUUAUUUGAUCUGUUUUGAAUUUUGAUAGGUUUGGAGAUAUUGCAAUAUGGAGGACGAUAGCGGGCUUGAGCUCAGUUUGGGUUUAUCUUUUGGUGGUUCAUCAUCAAAACCCAAGAGCAAGAAUGGAAGCUCCUCGGAAACUAGAGCAGAAGAAGUUGGUAGAGGUGGCAAGAUGGUUGAUGAAUUUAAGAGCAUGUUUAAUACUGAUCCUCAGAAGCCAGAAUCAAUCACGGGGUCCCAAAGGACUGAAACCUCGAAGCCCGAGGAGAACUUCUUUAGUGACCUUUCAAAAGUCAAAGAAGAUAACGCUUCUUUGAAUUUAAACGGGAGAGGAUUCCUGGUUGGAAACAACAAUAAUAAACCUAUUGAAAUUGAGGAAAAUAAACGGUUAGAGGUAGUAAAUAAGCGAAGAAUGUCUUUUGAUGACAUACGUAAUCAAAAGAGGCAUGAUAGCGAUGUUCAUCAUGGUGAUUUACAUGACAGGGCAAGAGCAUCUCAUAUUUCUCUAACAGAAGAUGGCUCGACUGCAGAAAAUGAAGACGUGGCUGAUUCUGAAACCGAUAACUCUACCUCGAGGCCUCUAUCACACCAUAGUGAUGGUUCCAAGGGAUUCAUUAGAGUUGGCGCUUCUUCUGAUGCUCAAAAAGAGGUUCGUGGAGUUGCUGACUCAAGUGCGAAUGGGCAGAAGAGAUUUACUGCAUCAACAGAAAAAGAUUUUAAACAUGCAAACAUGAAUUAUAGUGCUUCCUUCUCUACUCAACCAAUGAAUAUGAUGAGUGGACCUUAUACUUCGGUAAAAGAUUCCAACUCCGUUGGGGCACAAAACCCUCAAAUACCUGCAGGAGUGAUGCAUGUGAUGCCACCGACUGCAACCGGCGAACGCACAGGUCCUCAAUCUGUCAAUAAUGGAAGCUUGCCAAUGAUGUUUGGACAUCCGUAUGUUCAGCUUCCCAUGUUGGAUAAGGAUAGCUCAUGGGGACGUCCCCAACAGUUUCAUCCUUCCUUUGCCGGAAGAGCUGCAACUAACUCAGCUGCGUUACAGCUAAACAAUAUAUCUGAGGCUGUUCCAUAUGAGGGAAGGCCACUAGACCGAGCCAAAGGUGAUGGAAAGCAGCGUGUCGCCGAAGAAGGCUCCUUUUCACAACCUGAAGAUGUGAAAGGAAGCAGCACAAACCUCAGGGGCAAAGAUGCAUCGGAACAGUCGAAAGGUGAAGGUUCCACUAUUGAUUUUUCAAAUAUUAAGCCGGGGCUUGCUGCAGAUGUGAAAUUUGGAGGAUGUGGUUCGUACCCAAAUCUGCCUUGGGUAUCUACCACAAGCUCGAACGGUAGGACAAUAUCAGGUGUUACUUACAGGUACAACACUAACCAAAUCAGAAUUGUUUGUGCAUGUCAUGGUUCUCACAUGACCCCUGAGGAUUUUGUUCGUCAUGCAAAUGACGAACAAGCCAAUCCAGACGGCAAUGCGGUUUUGGGAUCGGUACCUAAUGGUAAUCUUGGUUCCUCUUCUCACAAUUAGAUUACCACCAUCUACCACCAAUCCAGGUUGUACACUACUAUAUUAUUAUAGUUUCCAACAAGAGAAUCUGGAAUUUCCAUAAUUUUUCUGUAGAUGAAUGAGUUUCUUACCAUUUUUUUUAUCUUUCUAUUUGCCUAUUCCACUUUAAUUACUUUGUAGCGGCUGCAAUCAAGACUGUAGUUGUAUUUAAUAAUGGCUGAGCUUUUUAUAGCAUCAUCUAUUUUAUUAAAUAGUAAUUAAGCAUGUGAUUUUGUCCUA